GGAGUGUGUGCCUCCCCCCUCGGCAGCCCCGCCCCCUCCCCACCAUCGGGCCCCUGCCAGCUUCGGGGAGGGGGUGGGCAAGACACAGGAAGCCGGAAGCCCCAGUGUGAGUCGGGUCGCGGUCCCGGCCUCCCUCGCCCAGUCUGCGCUCGGGCCCCGCCACGGCCGGAGUUCUCCGCCCCAGAGUAGCCGGGUCCGCUCGGAGACCGCAGGGCCACAUGGCGCGGUGCAGGCUGGGCCUUGUGGCGGCGCUGGUGGCCCUGCCGGGGGCGCGGGGCUCCGAGGGAAGCGGCUCCCCCAACUCGGUCACCGUGUGGCUGCUGGUGCUGCUGCUGCUGCUGCUCCUGGCGGCCUUGGCCCUGGCCUGGUACCACCUCAACCGGGAGUCGGGGGGCCACUACCACCCCACCCGCCUGGGCUCCUCCCUGGGCCGGCGCGCCCGCCGGCUGCUGCGCGCCUCGGGCCUGACCCGCUGGCUCCGAGGCUCGGCCGUGGAAGAGCUCCAGGACAGCGUGGAGAAGCAGGAGGACGAGGACGAGGACGAGGAGGAGGAGGAGGAGGAGGAGGAGGAGGAGGAUCUGGAGCCAGACGGGGAGCACGGGCAGCAGCCGGAGCAGAAGCCCGAGGAUGGAGGGCCCGGCGGCUCCCAGGGCCUGGAGGCGAGCGGGGGGGAGGCCAAGGAAGGCCCCCAGGCGCAGCCCUCCGAGGCGGGGGGCAGCGCCGGGUCCAGCUCCGGGACCCAGCCCUCCGAGGCCGGGGGAAGCUCCGGGACCCAGCUCUCUGAGGCCCGGGGCAGCGCCGGGGCCCUGCUCAGCGACCUCCACGCUUUCUCGGGCAGUGCAGCCUGGGAGGACGGGGCGGGCACGGAGGGGGGCCACGGCCUCAGCGUCACGGCGCUCUAGGCGCGGGGGUCCGGCUUCGCCUCCCUGAUGCCCAUCUCCGGCCCAAUAGGCACAGGGGGAUACACGGGGCCCGCCCAGCCUGCCCCGCCCCCAGACUCCACAGCGGUUCCCCUGGUCCUGAAGGGGUGGGGGCGCCCCCCUGACCCGGGAUCGGUGCCCAGCCCCAGCCUCCAGACUGUGCGGCACAAAGCAGUGCCCCCCCCCCCCCCAGACUGAGACCACUGAGCUUGUGGGUGCGGGGCGGAAGCUCCAUCCAGCUCCAGCACGGGGGGAGGACGGCCCCUUCUGAAAUAAAGGCUCCUCCGCUGGA